AUGUCUUUUACAACAACUGUCACCGCGGCACCUCCGCCCGGUCAACCAGAUAUUGCUUACGCUCCAAACUACCAGAACUACCAAGCCAGAACAGCCAAGCGACUCAAAGAGGGGAACCUCCCGACUUCGAUCCCAGAAGGCUUUCCAAAGCAAUUGACAGGAGAUCUUGUCUGGGAAGGCGAUUCAGUUGGCCAAAGUUAUGAAUGGACUUACAGAUUGUCUAAGGAACAGCUCGACGAGAUUGAUCAAGCUUUACAGCAUUUCAGAGGCCUUGGUCUUUCGCUAGGGCAUCUCUCGGCAGAGACAUUCCCUCUACCAAAUCUACACUCAGAAUUAAGGAAACUUUCCGAUGAGCUACACAAAGGCCACGGGUUCUUCGCCAUCCGCGGCGUAAACGUAGAUAGCUAUACCCGCGAAGAAAACGCCAUAAUUUACGUCGGCAUCUCAUCCCACAUCGCAUCACAGCGCGGUCGUCAGGACAGCAAAUUCGAGGGCAAACCCGCCGACGUUGUCCUCACGCACGUCAAGGAUCUCAGUGCCGGUCAAGACAAGAGCGCGAUUGGAAGUCCGGCUUAUACAACUGACAGACAGGUCUUUCAUACUGACUCUGGUGAUAUCGUGUCGCUGUUCUGUCUGGAGACGGCGCUGGAGGGCGGUGCGAGUAGGAUUGCGAGUACGUGGAGGGUUUAUAAUGAGUUGGCGAGGACGAGGCCUGAUUUGAUUCAUACCCUGUCGCAGAAUUGGGAUGUUGAGAAGUAA